AAACGUAACAACAAAAUAAAAGCCAAACAGGAUAUCCGGUUGUACCGGAAGACCGGCUUGUAUCCAUUCUAGAGAAAUGGCCGUUCUCAUUCUUACAAUACAUUAGCAACAAAUCUUGACGUAUAGCAAAUAAUGUGUUUCGAGGGCGGAAUUGUUCUGUCGUGAAUCGUCGCUGCACUAUUUUGUGCUGUAGAAUAAUAUGAAUUGGAAUGUUGCGUUUGUAUUGCUCUCUAAUCUUCAUGAAGUCUAAGUUUUGUUGUUAGCUAGCUAACUACCUGCCCGCUAGUGCGUUAGCUGCCCAGCCGAGAGACCGAGCCAUCGGUCAUCCAACGCUGUCCGAUAAAGUCUGUUAAUGUGGAAAGAAUAGGACCUCAUACCUGAAGAAAACUGUUCUUUUGAUUCAAUAAACGGGAAUCAUUGGGGUAACCCCGCGCCUGUCACAUGCCCGAACAAGGCCCCAGGAUGAAUGGCUUUUCUCUUGGUGAGCUGUGCUGGCUGUUCUGUUGUCCGCCCUGCCCCAGCCGCAUCGCGGCCAAGCUAGCUUUCCUACCGCCGGAGCCCACUUACUCGAUGCACACAGAUGCUAAUGGGGUAGCUAGCUUACAUUUAACCGAACGGGCAGACUGGCAGUACUCUCAACGAGAGCUCGAUGCAGUGGAAGUGUUCAGCACCAGAAGCAGCCGGGGUAACCGGGUCGGGUGUAUGUUUGUGCGCUGCGCCCCGAACAGUCGGUACACGCUGCUGUUCUCCCACGGUAACGCUGUGGACCUGGGGCAGAUGUGCAGUUUUUACAUCGGCCUCGGCUCCAGGAUCAACUGCAACGUAUUCUCCUACGAUUACUCGGGCUACGGAGUCAGCACUGGCAAGCCUUCUGAAAAGAACCUGUAUGCGGACAUCGAGGCGGCCUGGCAGGUCCUGAGGAACAAGUAUGGAGUAACACCUGAGAACAUCAUCCUGUACGGUCAGAGUAUCGGCACCGUGCCCACCAUCGACCUGGCUGCUCGCUAUGAAUGUGCUGCUGUCAUCCUCCACUCACCACUCAUGUCGGGGCUCCGGGUGGCCUUCCCCGACACUCGGAAGACUUACUGCUUUGAUGCCUUCCCCAGCAUUGACAAGGUGUCCAAGGUGGCGUCCCCAGUGCUGGUGAUCCACGGUACGGAAGACGAGGUCAUCGACUUCUCCCAUGGCCUGGCCAUGUAUGAGCGCUGCCCCCGUGCCGUCGAGCCACUGUGGGUGGAGGGAGCCGGCCACAACGACAUUGAACUGUACGCCCAGUACCUGGAGAGACUCAAGCAGUUCAUCUCCUUUGAGCUUCCCACCUCCUGAGGGCAGGGCAGCACUCGGGCCUGGGUUCAUCUCAACACACUCAUCUCCCACCUUCUUCUCUUAGCAUAGGGCAUGACUGGAGUCAGCUGAUCACACUGCUCUCCUCUGACCGUGGAGCCAUUUCAGGGUAGGAAUGUGUAGUGGACUGGAAGAGGAGGGGGUUUUACAUUGUUGAGGUCCAGGCGAGAGUCGGUGGCCAGUACCGGCCGGGAGUGAAGCUUUGGCUCAACAUAUACUGUCCCAAAAGCUGGCUGGUGCUCCUACAUGUGGACACACUGAGGCACCAAGGCAGUGUCUGCACUCUCUGCUCACUCUGAAUUCAUCCUGAACUCUCCUUCCCUUCCUCUACUCACUCUGUCUGUCUGAGCGUUCCUCUCAUCCUUGCUUUUCUUUUGACUAAGUCUUUGCCGUGUUAAACUUGAUUUUUCUAUUCUUUUAUACCAGGUGAAGAAGUAUCAAUUUUGCACCUCGAAAUACAAUUGAAGUUUUUUACUUUUCUGUAUUUUUAAGUUACUGUUCAGUGUUUACCAAACAAUUGCACUUUGAUUGUGCAGAUAUUUCCAGGUAAUGAUUUUGUCAGUUUGGAACAUGAAUAUGUUGAUUGUUAUCUUUGUUUUGUUAUCUGCAUUCCAUGUUUUUAAUGCAGGUAGAACUUGUUUCAGUCGGUGUGUUUUUAGAAGCUGUUAACCAGAGUGCACAGCUGCACAUCUGGCCUUUGUAGUUCGAUCUUUGGAGUCCUGACGCAUGCUUCUCUCUCAUACAGGAAGACAAUAAUGCCAAGAAAUCUAGCAAUUUAUACUAUGCCUUGCUCAUUGGCACACAUACAAAUCAUUAUUCAAGUCCUUGAAUUCUUUAGAGCCACUGGUAAUUUGAGCAGUCAGCACUUGUGUGUCAAUACAAUGAUUAACACCACCAAAGGCUGCAGUCAAACCUCUAGUGUUGAUGGAAUCCAUUGUGAUCGCUGCAUCAUGUGAACUGUAAUGCUGAAUAGAAACAAAGGACCAACGAUCUGUAGAGCUCCUCAGCAGGUCAGUGACGUAAUGGGACAUGUUGCUGAGGAUAAACACCUCGCCAUUUCAGCACCUGGUGAAGCCAUCGAUGACAAAGUAAUAUUGCAGUCUAAUUAGCAUGUUCAUUUUGUUUAUGCAUCACAAUUCUCACUCUUUGUACCAGGUGCGUACCGUUGCCAUGCGAUCCAGAAGCUUCCGUCAGUAGUAGAGAGAGCAGCAGGUAUUAGGGCUGUGCUUAGGAAACUGGAGAUCAUGUGGUCAGACAGACCGCUGAACUCCACAGUGUUUCUGUCAUUUCACACUACAAAUAAAGCCUUAUGUUCGUAAACAUUUCACCCAGUCCUGUUGACGACAGCAGGUCUUGGUGGUCUUCAGGGGACUGACAACCGCUGCUAUUCAUCCGAUACAUCAGUCAAUCACUGUGAACGCCAGACCGGUCGGGAACUCUAAGUGACCCUGACCGCUGUCCUCCCCUUUAGUCAGCCGUAGGAGCCGAUCCUCAACACUACGUCUGAGCCCUGUGACUGUUCGCUGUUGUCCAAAGACAUCUGAAAGAACCACGACGGGGAAGUAAGCAACGCAUGCAAAUCACCUCAUAGUUGUGAACAUUUCAACUUGUAUCAACUGUGUUUGAAUCAUUUGUUCUUUUAACCCUUGCAAAGUAAAACAUUCACAUUGGUGACACAAAACAUUCACCGCUCCCAUUUGAAGUGAGUGCUGAGCGUCUCAGGAGCGUUGUGUCUGAGGGAUAUCUGCGAUUAGUGAUGAUCGGAUGAUCGAUCCGUGUAUUGCUGUGAAGUGGUUUGUCAGUUAAGUAUUUAGUGUGUUCUGAUCCUAGCUAAUGUUGGGCCGACGUUUUUGGAUACGGAGCCCUCGGUCAUCUCUAGCAUAUUGCAUCUAGCUCCUCUUUUAAAGGAAAUGAAGAUCCUGCUUUAGUGCUGAUUAUUGUUUUGAUACUGACAUUUUUUACGAGGUUUUCCAGUCUAAAUGUUGAUAGAUUUACACUCUGAAGCUGGUUUGUACGAUAAUCCUCUGUUCUGGUAUACUUCAAUAUCUUCUCUAUACAUAUUAGCCCUCACACAGGGCGGUCUAGUCUCAUUGCUUUAACACUGGAAUCCCAAUAUGCAAAUGAAAGGCAGAUGAAGCCAGUAGAAUCCGAUUUUGGUAAUGUGUAAAACAGAUUAUGUAAGCCUUAAACAUGCCGUCAACUGAUUGUCAUAAUUGUGGUAGUUGCAAGAAGGCAGCAAAAUGGAUGUUUUAAUGCUUAUAAUGGAAUAAAGGAUGCAUGGAAGUGUGUGUCCGACCUGAUUGUUUCUGUUAGAAAGAGUUCUUAUGUUAGAGGGUGGCUUCACCUAAACUGAUUAAAUAUUCUCUCCCUGUAGUGGACUGUACUUGUAUCGUGCUCUUCCUGUGUUCCAACCACUCAAACAAGUAAUGGUACUCAGACUAUUGAUAUUGUGAAUGAAUACUAAUUAUGAGACUUAGUUUUCUAGUUUGGU